GGCUGCACUUCUGCUCGCAGUGUCAGUGGCUCAGUCUCCCUAGUCGGCCUAAGGCGGAAUGGGCUGCCUGGGGUUCCUGGUCCGUCGGUAGGCAGCUGAACUUGCUUUGCCGGAGAACUGCGGGUGAAGGUUGCCGAACUGUCCCCCUGGCUGGACAUGUGGGGUUUGACAGCUUGCCUGACCAGCUGGUGAAUAAGUCAGUCAGCCAGGGCUUCUGCUUCAACAUCCUGUGCGUGGGAGAGACAGGCUUGGGCAAGUCUACUCUCAUGGACACCUUGUUCAACACCAAAUUCGAGGGGGAGCCAGCAACCCACACACAACCUGGUGUCCAGCUUCGGUCCAAUACCUAUGACCUUCAGGAGAGCAAUGUGGGACUGAAGCUCACAAUUGUUAGCACAGUGGGCUUUGGGGACCAGAUCAACAAGGAGGACAGCUACAAGCCCAUCGUGGAAUUCAUCGAUGCACAGUUUGAGGCCUACCUACAGGAGGAACUGAAGAUCCGAAGAGUGCUGCACACUUAUCAUGAUUCCCGGAUCCACGCCUGCUUGUAUUUCAUUGCCCCCACGGGUCAUUCCCUAAAGUCCUUGGACCUAGUGACGAUGAAGAAGCUGGACAGUAAGGUCAACAUCAUCCCCAUAAUUGCCAAAUCAGAUGCCAUAUCUAAGAGUGAGCUCACGAAAUUCAAAAUCAAAAUCACCAGUGAACUUGUCAGCAACGGAGUCCAGAUCUAUCAGUUCCCUACGGAUGAUGAGUCGGUGGCAGAGAUCAAUGGAACCAUGAAUGCCCACCUGCCGUUUGCGGUCAUCGGUAGCACAGAAGAACUGAAAAUAGGCAACAAGAUGAUGAAGGCACGACAGUACCCUUGGGGCACAGUGCAGGUUGAGAAUGAGGCCCACUGCGACUUUGUGAAGCUGCGGGAGAUGCUGAUUCGGGUCAACAUGGAGGAUCUGCGGGAGCAAACCCACACCAGGCACUACGAGCUGUAUCGCCGCUGUAAGCUGGAGGAGAUGGGCUUCAAGGACACCGACCCUGACAGCAAACCCUUCAGUUUACAGGAGACAUAUGAGGCCAAACGGAACGAGUUCCUAGGGGAGCUGCAGAAGAAAGAAGAGGAGAUGAGACAGAUGUUCGUGCAGAGAGUCAAAGAGAAAGAAGCGGAGCUCAAAGAAGCAGAGAAAGAGCUGCAUGAGAAGUUUGACCGCCUCAAGAAACUGCACCAGGAUGAGAAAAAGAAGCUGGAGGACAAGAAGAAGUCCCUGGAUGACGAAGUGAACGCUUUCAAACAGAGGAAGACGGCGGCCGAGCUGCUCCAGUCCCAGGGUUCCCAGGCUGGAGGCUCACAGACUCUGAAAAGAGACAAAGAGAAGAAAAACUCUUACUGUUUUACAGUUAACUCUGCUGUUUGCUGCAUGCUGCAUGAAACCCAGGGUCCUGUAAUCCAUGGCUGUGUACUGAAUAGUAUUCCCCGCUACAGCUGGACUGGACUCCAUUUAGCAUUUUAUGCCGAGAUUCCUAGUUUAACUGACAGCUUUCCUUUGGAGUGCUAGGCAGCUGGGCUCCCCAUUCCUGCCAUGUAUUCCAAGCCCCACUUCUUUUUGAGUUUUGCAACUUGUUCCUGCCUUGUACUCCCACUGGCACUGACCAUGACUUCCCUGCUCCCCCCACCCCCAUUAAAGUUGUUCUUUUGGGAUCAGUUAUUUUCAAAUUACGCAGGCAAACCAGGCCAUGCCAAAGGUCCAUGCCUUCUUGAAAAAGGGAAGGAGUUUUCUCUUUUCAAUAAUAAUCAUAGGAAGCCAAAAAUAAACAAAAAAGGGUAUAAAGCAAAUACAUGCACACACUUUUUUUUCUUGUUGGCAAAGCAAGAAUGCAAUUUUGAGAGGUGGUUGUUUGGUGCCUUAAAGAUCAGUAGUGAUGAGAGGCAAGCAGAAACCUAAGUAAUUUUAUGGGAAAAUCCAAAUUAGGGUGGUACACUUUAGCAAGCCCUAUGCUUGGAAGUAAAUACAUGAAAAUUAAUGCCAAUAUCUAGUUCUAGAAACAAACCCCUUGGGUACUCAGCCAAUAGUUCUGAGAGAUGCGGGAACUGGGACCACCAAGUCCCCUUGAGGAGCUUAGGUGUUUUUAUGUCCACCAGCAGAUAAUCACUACUCCUGGGGUCACAUUUGCAUGACACACUAGAACCCCCUUGUCUGGAUUGAGUGACAGAUGACUUGAGGCUGCAGAAGCUCUAAAUACUGCAAAAGUGAUGGAGCCACAGCAUCUGUGAAAAGCAAAGCCAAGAUUUCAGAUUGAGGAAGAUAUUUUUGGUCAGGAAGCUGGCUAAAAAGAAGCUGCUUAGUCCACAAGAGCAAAUUGAGAGCUGGAGAAGUGAAGGCACUUGCCUGAGGUCCCCCUGCUGUUUGGUUCCCUAAACCAAACUAAAUGCCAUGUCAUUUUACCCCCAAUCCAUUUCACCAAGGUGAAAGGGCAAAGUCUUUUGCUAUUCAGAGAAACCACGUAGUCAGUAUUAUAGGAUUCUUGAAGUUUUUUCCCCAUAGAAAAGCACCCUGGGGUGUGGUGUAUGGGGUAAAGGUGGGCAAGGCAAAGGCUCCUGGCCAGCUCUUUAACCCAGCACUGCUGCCCAGGCAGGGAUGAGGGGGCAGCUUAGCUCCAAGGUUUCAACAGGGCCAAUGGGGCAGAUAUCUGGGCAAUCGUUAAUCAGGGGAGAUGGGUAAGUGAACACAGCCUUUAGAAGGUUGAUCAAGGCUAUUCAAAAAAUUAAAACGUUUAUUCCAUUGGGUAGCUUUUUUUUUUUAAAAUGUAGACAGAAAGGAUUUUUUUCUUUUUUUAGCUCAGCCUUUUUUUUUUUUUUUUAAGAGUGUCCUAAGCUCUCUGUUUACUCCUGGUGAAGCAAACCAGUCAUUAAAAAUGGUCAGUGCUUUCCUUUGCCUAGAAAGGAAUGGAAUGGCUUUGAGACACACACACACAUGCACACACCCUUUAUUUCCCCUGACGCCAAGAAGUUUGCUUGCCCAGUGCAGAUCACUUUUGAUUUGGGUUUGGGUUUUAUUCCUUUGACCUUCCCAUGUAGCUGUGAAUAUGUGCUUGUUUUUCAUUAAAACAAGAAGCUUUCAA